UAAAUCUACCGUUUCGUUUCCUCCUUGCUCACUAAACAAGAACAAGAUCUCCACAAAAUAAACUCCUUCGGUCCUUCCUAAUCUCUCCCUUUGUGCCCCCUUCAAAGCUUAAAACCCUACUCAACGCCUCCUUUGUUUGUAACGUGAAGAUUCUAAAAGCUAAUGAAGAUGACUAUCGCAAAAGUUUUGAUUUGUCUCCUCUGUUUCAUCGCCUUGGUGUACGCGCAACCAAGUCCUGAUCUAGCCACCAUGAACGCUCUAAGAGACUCCCUCAAGUUUGGGAAAGACUUCUCCUGGACCGGACCAGAUCCUUGUAAGUGGAGCGGUGUACAGUGCGACACAAGCAACCGAAUCACUCGGAUACAAAUCGGUAAUAAAGGAAUCUCCGGAACGUUAACUUCUGAUCUCAACACCCUCUCUUCUUUAACUGUUUUCGAAGUCAUGGGUAAUAUGUUAACCGGAGCGUUACCUAGUCUUGCCGGCUUGACCGCCUUGGAAACUAUCUAUGCUCACGACAAUAGCUUCACUUCGAUCUCUGUUGAUAUCUUUACCGGUUUAACUUCUCUUCAGCAUGUGUUUCUUGAUGAUAACCCGUUUAGUCCUUGGGAGAUUCCUAUGAGUUUGAAGAGUGCGACUUCUCUCGUGGACUUCUCCGCCGCUAACUGUAGUCUCUCCGGGAAGAUUCCGGAGUUUCUCGGAGGACAAACGUUCCCUAGCUUGCAGAAGCUCCGUCUCUCUUCUAACUCGCUCUCCGGUGAACUUCCCUUGAGCUUUGCUGACUCACCUGUUCAAACUCUUUUGCUCAACGGACAAAAGCAAAAGCUCAACGGGUCAAUCUCAGUUUUACAGAACAUGACUUCUUUAACCGAGGUGUCCCUGCAAGCAAACGCCUUCUCAGGUCCAUUACCGGACAUGUCUCGUCUUGUCUCUCUGACAAAAUUCAACGUCAGGGAGAAUCAACUUACUGGUUUGGUUCCAUCUUCUUUCACCGAGCUGCAGUCUCUUGCUGUGGUGAAUCUGACUAACAAUCUUCUCCAAGGAUCAACGCCAACCUUCAAGGCUAAAAACAUUGCCACUGAUAUAACCCCAAGGCUAAAUAGUUUCUGCUUAGAUUCUCCAGGUGUGCCUUGCGACCCACGCGUCAACAUUUUGCUUUCUAUCGCUGAAGCGUUUGGUUACCCUGUGAGAUUUGCUCAGAGUUGGAAAGGAAACGAUCCUUGUAGUAGUAAAAACAUAUGGGUGGGGAUAACUUGCACCGGAGACGAUAUCACGGUUAUCAACUUCAAAGGGAUGGGACUCAACGGUGCUAUCUCUCCACGCUUUGCGGAUCUUACUUCUCUUAGGGUUAUCAAUCUCUCGCAGAACAAUCUCACCGGUGUUAUUCCACAAGAACUAACUAAGUUGAGUAGCUUGACAACUCUAGAUGUUUCCAACAAUCAGUUGUAUGGUAAGGUACCCGUGUUUGGUCCUAAUGUCUUGAUCACUACUGGUAACCCUGACUUAGGAAAAGAUGGUCCUGGACAUGCUUCUGGUUCUUUCGGAAGUAAUGCUGGAAAAGUUGUGGGUUCAGUUUUUGGAGUUGUGUUGGGUUUGCUUCUCAUCGGUUUGAUUGUUUUCUUAGUGGUCAAGAAAAGGAAGCUAAACCGUAAGAAGUAUCCACAAAAACAUUCUGGUGAAGAAGAUGCACUGAAGAUCACAAUAGAUAAUCUAUGUGCAGGUGGAAGUGAAAGUGGUAGCAACGGUCUUCUAGUAGAAGCUGAAAACCCUGUGAAGUCGAUACAAGAGCUGAGGGAGGCUACGGAUAACUUCAACGAGAAGAAUAUACUUGGGAGAGGCGGAUUUGGAAUAGUUUACAAGGGUGAAUUGCAAAAUGGGAAGACUAUUGCUGUUAAGAGGAUGGAAUCUUCAGUUAUUAGUGGAAAGGGUUUGGAUGAGUUUAAGUCAGAGAUUGCUGUUCUAACCAAAGUUCGUCACCGGAAUCUAGUGAGACUUGAGGGAUAUUGUUUUGAAGGCAAUGAGAGGCUUCUGGUUUAUGAGUACAUGCCUCAAGGAACAUUGAGUAGUCAUAUUUUACACUGGCAGGAAGAAGGGUUAAAACCUCUAGAGUGGUCUAGACGAUUGAUUAUUGCAACAGAUGUGGCUAAAGGAGUAGAGUAUUUGCAUUCUCAAGCGCAACAAAGUUUCAUACACAGAGAUCUCAAAUCAACCAACAUUCUUCUUGGAGACGAUAUGCGUGCCAGAGUUGCUGACUUUGGUUUAGUCCGGCUUGCGCCAGAAGGCACACAGUCGGUUGAGACCAAAAUUGCUGGGACUUUUGGUUAUCUUGCACCAGAAUAUGCAGUGACCGGAAGAGUUACAACAAAGGUUGAUGUUUACAGUUUUGGAGUCAUUCUCAUGGAGCUGCUAACGGGUAGAAAAGCUCUUGACAUUAAGAGAUCUGAGGAAGAUGUGCACCUUGCCACAUGGUUUAGGAGAAUGUUCAUCAACAGAGACUCAUUCCAUAAGGCAAUUGAUGCGACAAUUGAGACGAAUGAAGAGACACUCAGAAGCAUCAACAAAGUAGCUGAGCUUGCCAGUCAUUGCAGUGCCAGGGAACCACAUCAGAGACCCGACAUGAGUCAUGUGGCCAACGUGUUGGCCUCACUCCUUGACCAGUGGAAACCAGAUGAAGAUAUCUAUGGAAUCGACUACGACACACCUCCUCCUCUUUUGGAGAUGAUAGAGAGAACUAACAAUGAUUCAUCUUUCUUUGGAGAUAAUUCCAUGACGAGUAUACCGUCACGACCUCGCCAGAUUGAUAACACAUUCCAAUCCGGACAAGGGAGGUAAGUGUGUUAGAUAAUUGCUGAUACUUUCUUCUCGGUUCCUUCUUCUCCUUCGUCCAUAAUUCGAGCUCGGAGAAGGAAGAAGGCUAAAUUAAUGUUUUGUUGCUGGAUGAGAUCUUGUUUUGGGUUACGGAUUGUGAAUAUCUCUCUUUGGUUACCUUGUUUCUCAAGUGAGGGUUUCCUUGUUGCGGGAAUGGAACCCGUGUACAAUUAUAUCUUGCACAUCCUAAACAUUUAGAUCAUUUCUGUGCGCAUU